AUGGCGUGGCCCUGUAUCAGCAGGGCGUGCUGCAUGGCCCGCUUCUGGAACCAGCUGGAUAAGGCUGACAUUGCGGUGCCUUUGGUCUUCUCCAAGUACACGGACGUCUCUGAGAUGCAGCACAUCCAGCUGCAGCCGCCGCUCCACCCUCCCCAGGCCCGGGUCGCCAUAGAAACGCAGCCGUCUCGCGCACAUUCCCGCAACCCGGUAGCGGGCCGCGCGCCUCGGAGGUGCGUCUCCGAGGAGCGCGUGUGCAGCUCGGUGAUGCGCGAGGACUUUAAGCACUGGAGAGUGCGACCAGAACCGAGCUGUAAACCCAAGAACGAGUACCACGAACCGGAAACACCGUUCAACAGCGAGACCCAGUACCAGAAGGACUUCAAGCCCUGGCCCAUCCCGAAGAGGUACGACCACCCCUGGAUACCCAAACCUGGUACCGAAGACCGGUCCAGGCACGCGAAGCAGCAGGCGGCGCUGGACGCGGAGAGCGGCGUAGAGAAGAGUGCGAUAGCUGAUAAAGUCCAGGAGAAAGACCUGCUCCAAGGCCAGGAGAGGAAAAAGAAGUCCAGUAAACAGGAGGGGGUGAAGAAGGUGGUCCUGAAGGUGGAGGGAGAGGGCAGAGGGAGGGCGGCGGCGGACGCUGUGAACCGACAGAUCAAAGAGGAGAUCACAGCCGGCAGCUCCUACAAAACUGAAUACAAGGCUUACAGGGAUGUGAAGCCGGUGAAGAUGAUCCGAGCCAAGUCCCAGUACCUGCCACCAGACGAGAAGACCCGUCUAGAGACUAGCUACAGCGCCACCUUCAAGGGACAGGCACCUCUACAGUCUGCAGACAACAAGGCCCAGGAGAGGAGGAGGAUACGCAGUCUGUACAGCGAACCUUAUAUAGACCCCACCAAACAGGUUGACAGGUAUAGUGUCCCUCGCUCUAAACCCAAAAAGUCUGGAGCCACCGCGGCAGGCCAGGGCAAACCAGCGAAGAAAGCCAAAGAUAAGCAGAGCGCCGCGCUGAGGGGCUCCAAGAAGAUGACCUCGGAGAACCAGACCGAGAACCGGCCGGCGGUGGGGGACAAGGAGAAAAGUAAAGAGAUGAACAACAAACUGGCUGAGGCAAAAGAGGUUGUGCUAAAACAGUACCACUACAUACAACUCUGCCAGCCAAUCCGAGAUAUUGGCUGGGUGCAGACUCUAAAGCAACACCUGUGGGGCUGUGCACUACCCAAUCCCAGAGAUGCUAAAGACGAGCCUCUCAGAUUCGGUCAUCAUCAUUCCCCGGGUGCUUCUGGAGGAGAACCACAGCCACUGCUGGAGAGAUCUGAGCCCCGGAGGAGCGGAGGAGUCGUACGCUUUGCCCUAGACGGGAACCAGACUGACUAGUUCUGCCUGUGGGGACGGAGGCAGAGACACCUCAUACACAGACUGCUGCUCUGUGCUGUAAAUAUCUAGUAUUUGAAACGAAGCUGAGUGAGGAGAAGAGGGGAAUCCCACAAAAUAUGAAA